AUGCUGUGUGGCUGUGACCUAUGGGUGUCAAAAGUGAAAAUAUGGGGAAAGAUCGGGGUCCCUGAUGUCAGUGAGAAGUUAAAUGAAUGGACCGAAGAGAGCCUCUGGUUUCUGAGUAGAGCCAGGGUUAGAGAGGACUACCCGCAAGUGCAGAUCCUGCGCGCGCUCCGCCAGCGCUGCUCGGAGCAGGACGUGCGCUUCCGGGCUGUGUUCCUGGACCAGAUCGCUGUCACUGUCGUCGGCGGCCACUUAGGCCUGCAGCUGAGCCAGAAACCCCUGACUACAUUCCCCGAUGUGGUGGUUGUACGACUGUCCACUCCCUCUGUCCAGUCAGAUAGUGAAAUCACCAUCCUGAGGCACCUGGAGAAGCUGGGCUGCCGCUUGAUCAACCGUCCUCAAAGCAUCUUAAACUGUAUCAACAAGUUUUGGACAUUCCAAGAGCUGGCUGGACAUGGGGUCCCCAUGCCAGACACCUUCUCCUAUGGUGGGCAUGAAGACUUUUCUAAAAUGAUUGAUGAAGCAGAGCCCCUGGGCUACCCAGUGGUGGUGAAGAGCACACGGGGACACCGGGGAAAAGCUGUUUUCCUGGCUAGAGACAAGCAUCACCUCUCUGACAUCUGCCACCUGGUCCGCCAUGACGUGCCCUACCUGUUCCAGAAGUAUGUGAAGGAGUCACAUGGGAAGGACAUCCGGGUGGUGGUGGUGGGUGGCCAGGUGAUCGGCUCCAUGCUGCGAUGCUCCACAGAUGGCCGCAUGCAAAGCAACUGCUUCCUAGGUGGUGUGGGCGUCAAGUGUCCACUGACAGAGCAAGGCAAGCAGCUGGCUAUCCAGGUAUCCAACAUCCUGGGCAUGGAUUUCUGUGGUAUUGACCUUCUCAUCAUGGAUGAUGGCUCCUUCGUGGUGUGUGAGGCAAACGCCAAUGUCGGCUUCCUAGCCUUCGACCAGGCAUGCAACUUAGAUGUGGGGGCAAUCAUUGCAGACUAUGCCAUGUCCUUACUGCCCAACAGGCAGACGGGGAAGACGGCCAUCCUCCCGGGACUGUCAAGUCCCAGGGAAAAGAAUGAGCCAAGUGGUUGUGCUUCAGCUCAGGUGGUUGAGAAUGUCUAUGCCAUCAACAAUGGGUCUACCUCUAGUGAGAGUGAGCCUGAACUGGCAGAGGUCCGGGAUUCCUCAGCAAAAACGAUGGUGGGGAUCCCACCUCCCCAAUUGCCCGAACCUGGUUACAACAUUAACAGGAUUGCUUCAGAACUCCGGUGA